GGUUUUUCUUUACCUAAAUACAGUGGAGCCUCUCUUUCUUUCCACUACGCGUCUACACCACCACUUCAUUGCCAUUAGUGAGGGAGGCAAUUACGGACACUCAUAAACAGAGAGAAACUGAGUGAUAAACCAUGGAAAGAUUUUUGGUGAGCGCAGCCACGGGAGCGAUGACUUCCCUCUUGGGGAAGUUGGGCACGAUGCUGACCGAUGAGUACAAGCUGCUCAAGGAUGUCCGUGGUGACAUCGAGUUCCUAAAGGAUGAGCUCGAGGCGAUGCAAACAUUCCUGCUAGUGAUGGCCGAUGUGGAGGAACCUAACCCGCAAGCCAAGCUUCGUGCCGACGCUGUGCGGGAGCUGUCCUAUGAUAUUGAGGAAAAAAUCGACAAGUUUAUGUUAUUUUUCAACCAUGAGUCCAGUUCCAAGUCGAAAAGUAUCAAGGAGAUUCUUGGAAAAAUCAAGCCAAAGGUACUAGACAUCAAGACUCGCCAUAAGAUUGCCAAGGAUGUCAGGGACAUCAAGCGCACAGUCGAGGAGACCAGCAAAAGAUAUGCAAGGUACCAGAUCGAUGGGUCCUCCAUGCCCAGAAACAACAGGGUUGACCCACGACUUUGCGCGAUAUAUAAAGAUCCAUCCGAGCUUGUUGGCAUCGACACCCCGAGAGAUGAGCUUGUGAAGUUAAUGAGUGAUGAUGGAGGUGAAUUGGCCACUCAGCUCACGAUUGUGUCUAUUGUUGGAACAGGGGGGCUAGGUAAGACGACCCUUGCUAGACAGGUCUAUAACAAGCUCGGAGCAAACUUCGAUUGCCGAGCAUUUGUGUCGAUCUCACGAAGUCCUAAUAUGACGAAGAUCUUGAGUUCUAUAUUAUAUCAAUUGCGCAACCAAGAUCAAGAUCAUGCUGGACCAGGGGAUCCACAAUUCAUCAUUGACCACAUCAGAGAAUUUCUGAAAGACAAAAGGUAUUUGAUCGUAAUUGAUGAUAUAUGGGAUGUACCGACAUGGAAACUUUUGGAAUGCGCUUUUGUCAAGGGCUGCCAUGGCAAUAGAUUAAUGAGAACAACACGUAACAAUAAUGUAGCAAUAUCAUGCUGCUCUUCUAGCAGGAAUCUUGUGUACAAAAUCAAACCCCUUAGUCAUGCUGACUCGAAAAGGUUACUUUUCAAGAGAAUAUUUGGUGGUGAAGAAAGUUGCCCUUCUAAUUUGAAAGAAGCGUCUACAGAUAUUUUAAGAAAGUGUGGUGGUUUGCCUCUGGCUAUCAAUGUCACAUCGAGCUUGUUGGCAACUAGGAAAACAGAACAAAAGUGGAAUGAAGUUCGAAGCCGUAUUACCUCUGCGGAAGGCAUUGGUUCUCAUAUGAAACACAUUCUAUCUAUGAGCUACUUUUACCUUCCACUCUAUCUAAGAAGUUGCUUACUAUACCUGACAAUGUUUCCUGAAGAUUACGAGGUCCAAAAGGAGUGCUUAGUACACAGAUGGAUUUCUGAGGGUUUUAUUUGUGGCAAAGACGGAGAAGAUCUUGUUGAAUUAGGAGAUACAUAUUUCUAUGAGCUUGUCAACAGAAAUUUGAUAGAACCAGUGGAGGUGGAUUAUAAUGGUAAGGCAUCAUCUUGCCGAGUCCAUGACAUUAUGCUUGAUUUGCUCAUUGACUUGUCUAACGGAGAGAACUUCUCUAGUUUGCUAAGCAAUAAAGCAAAUCUAGCUCGUAGAAUUCGCCGGCUCUCUCUGAUGGGAAAUGAAGAUGAAGGGAUUAUCGAGCAACUGGAUGUAUCACAUGCUCGAUCACUUGGUGUGUUUAGGCCUACCAAACAGUUGCCUUCCCUCAUGAAGUCGGAUGUUUUGCAUGUGCUGGACCUAAGUGGUUGUCGAGGAUUGGAAAAUCAUCACGUCAGAGAUAUUGGAAGACUUGUUCAGUUGAGAUACUUGAACAUCCAUGGUACAAGUAUAAAUGAGCUUCCUAAAAAAAUUGGGGACCUGGAAUAUCUAGAGACGCUUUAUGUAGAUCCCGGAAUGAUUGUGCUACCUGAAUCAGUUAGUCGGCUAAAACGCCUGACUCGUCUGUAUGUUGGAACUGGCACUAAAUUGCCAGAUGUGAUUGGAAACAUGGAGAACUUGCAAGAGCUUCGGUCGAUAAACCCCUUUCUUCAAUCGACGAGCUUUCCAGAAGAGCUUGGCAAACUAAUAAAUUUGAGGAAACUUGGAAUUCAUUGGCGCACAAGUAGGUCUGUUGGUUCAAGUUAUAAGGAAAAGCUAGUAUCCUCCUUGUGUAAACUGGAGAACUUCAAUCUUCGCACCCUUAAUAUUUCAUUUUGGUUGGACGAAGAGGAUGACUUCAUAAGAGAUUUUGGUUUCCCAAGACUCAAUAGCGUUCGAACAAUUCGUCUCUGGGUUGGAAAAUUCUGUUGGAUUGCCAAGUGUAUGCUUUCACAUGCAAACCUACAAGACUUGGGCAUCAUGAGUGGGAAGAUUGAGCAGCAGGAUGUUGAAACGGCUGGGAGCAUAUCCACCCUGGCCGAAUUUGGUGUGUUCCCUGCAUGCGAAGGACCAGUCACCAUCACCAGUCGGGGAUUUCAACAGUUACAAGAGUUUAGAUUUACGUGGUUUAAUGGGUUGAUGUUUGAAGCGGGGGCUAUGCCAAAUCUCAAGGAGCUUGCACUCACUAUUCCCAUGUAUAUGUUAAACUAUUCUGAAAGUUGUUUUGAUUUUGGCAUCCAACACCUCGCCAGCCUCGCUACCAUCCAUGUUCAGAUAGAUUGCCGUGCAGUGAAGGCAGCGGAUGUGGCGGCUUUGGUGUGUGUUUUGAAGAGCAUGGCCGUGGCACACCCCAACCGUCCUGCACUGAAAAUGCGCACCAUAUGCGAAGAGGACAUGUUACCAGAUGAGUGAUAAAAAGGAGUGAAUAUGUACUUAGCCAGAAGAGGUGUGGACACCUU